GUUGCAACAAGAUUGUAACGAUUUUAGCCAUGGUGGAUGUGAAAGCAAAGCCAUUUUCUGAUGAGAAACGAUGGAUUAUGAUAUAUCCAACAUAUAUUGACAGCAAGAAAACAACGCUGCAGGGUCGAAAAAUUCCCAAAACUUUGGCUGUUGAGAACCCAAAGUCAGCUGAGAUUUUCGACGUCUUGUCUGCUACAGGACUAAAUCCAGUACUUGACCGGGGGAAACUCCAUCCACGUGAACAAGAUCGAGAACCAGAAAAUCGAGGUCGUGUCCGAGUUCAAUUGAAAAACGAUGAUGGCACACCGAAGAAUAAGGACUAUCCAACUCGCACCGCUUUGCUGAAGUAUGUCGCCACCAUGAUUCCCAAAUUGAAAACGCGGCAACCCGGGUACACGGCUACCACAGCCGUCAUUAUAGGCAAUCAUCGCUUUGCAAACAGGUGAUGCCGCUCUUUGAUCACAAGGUUUUUAGUGUUAUAAUUUAUUUCAUUCCUUCGCAUUCGUUUCUGUUUAUGCUGGUUGUUGUAUCGAGUUUU